GGUUCAGGAAAGGCCCAAGAGAGCUCUGGGGCUGGGCAUGCACCAGCAUCCAUGUCUAUAUAAGGGUGUGGGUAGCAUAUGUGACUCAGUACUUGAUGUACAUUUUCAUUCCUUUGUAAAAGUAAAAAUAUUUCUGAUUCCUUCCACAUUAAAAAGCCAAGAGGGUUUGUAAUGUGAGGUCUCCUGGUCCCAGGCUGCAUGGUACAGGUCAGCACAUUCUCCACAUUUAUUACCCUCUUCUGCAGCUCCUUACCAGGAGAACAGUACAACACAAACUUCAUAACUCCCUGCUGGCAGUGAAAUGAAGGAGAUAUUUAGGAGGCUGAGAGGAAUAGAUACCAAAAAUUAUAAGCCUCUGUGUAGGUCAAGCCACCCCUCAGAGCAAAGGAGAAGAGAUACAGGCUGCUCACUUGCAGUUGAUAACCACCUCUGGUAUUUAAGAUGCUGAUAUCUCUUGCCAGGAAUAGUUUUCUCACUCAGUUAAUUGCUAAUUCACAGGUUGGAUGAGUGCCUAACAGCAGGAGAAAUCAAUUAAUUUAAUUAUCACUCAUGCCUUCCUGUGAUCCCCUGUUCUCUUUGCCCAAAUUCAUUCCAGCCUCUCAGCUGCCCCCAGGGCUAAAGGGAAUGAACAAAGACAUCAAGCAUCACACUGCCAAAGAAGAGCAAGCUGCACUACCACAUCGCUGUCAUCAUCAACUACCUGGGGCACUGUGUCUCACUGGGGGCCCUCCUCGUGGCCUUCGUGCUCUUCAUGCGCCUGCGGAGCAUCCGAUGCCUGAGGAACAUCAUCCACUGGAACCUGAUCACAGCCUUCAUCCUACGCAAUGCCACAUGGUUUGUGGUGCAGCUCACGAUGAACCCAGAGGUGCACGAGAGCAACGUGGUUUGGUGCCGUUUGGUCACAGCUGCCUACAAUUACUUCCACGUCACCAACUUCUUCUGGAUGUUUGGCGAGGGCUGCUACCUGCACACAGCCAUCGUCCUCACCUAUUCCACUGACAAGCUCCGCAAGUGGAUGUUCAUCUGUAUUGGCUGGUGUAUCCCCUUUCCCAUCAUUGUAGCCUGGGCCAUCGGGAAGCUGUACUACGACAAUGAGAAGUGCUGGUUUGGGAAGCGAGCAGGAGUUUAUACUGACUACAUCUAUCAAGGUCCCAUGAUCCUGGUGCUUCUGAUCAACUUCAUCUUUCUGUUCAACAUCGUUCGGAUUCUCAUGACCAAGCUCCGAGCAUCAACCACGUCAGAGACAAUCCAGUACAGAAAAGCAGUCAAGGCCACACUGGUGCUGCUGCCCUUGCUGGGAAUCACCUACAUGCUGUUCUUCGUCAAUCCAGGGGAGGAUGAAAUCUCCAGGAUCGUCUUCAUCUACUUCAACUCUUUCCUGGAGUCCUUCCAGGGCUUCUUUGUCUCUGUCUUCUACUGCUUCCUGAACAGUGAGGUGCGCUCGGCUGUGCGGAAGCGGUGGCACCGAUGGCAGGACAAGCACUCCAUCCGUGCUCGGGUGGCUCGGGCCAUGUCCAUCCCCACCUCCCCGACCCGGGUCAGCUUCCACAGCAUCAAGCAGUCCUCAGCAGUGUGAGGCAGGAGGAGGCAGCUGCCCGACGGGACCCUGCUGUGUGGGUACAGGAGCGGGGUGUGCUGCUUGCAGAGGAUGCACGAACUUGCAGUAGGUAAUAGGAAACUCUGCAGAAGCUCCUGUAUGGACAGGACAGACCUGUAGGUUGUGGGACAUCUGAGAUGUGUUGUUGCCUGCUUGGCCUGGUGUGACCUACUGGGGUGGCAGGAGGAAUCCAGAGAGGUUGCAGCAGCUGCUCUGUCUGCAUCCAUCCCAGUACAAUGCCCUGUGUCCCAACUCGCCCUGUAUUUGUCACUUGUCCAAGGUGACACCAAGACAGGGAUGCCCCAGGGAUUAAUCCCUCAGCUGGGUAUGCUGCUCGGGGUGGGCAAAAGCUUCUGAGUUGAUGAAGGUGACAGAGAGCCCGGGGCUGAUUGUGGACUUUGCUUUACAACGCAGUGUUUUUAAAGCACUGGGGUUAUUGGAGCCCCAUCUGUCAGCUGAUUUCUCCGUGUGAGACAGAGGGCAGGGAGGCUGGACACAAAGUCAGAGCCCCAGGACUCAACCUAGCUCCCUGUCCCUGCUUGGGGAAAGGUGAGGAAGAGCAGCCCUAUGGAGAUGUGUGUGGCUCUGUCCCUCCCUGCCCUGUUCCCACCAAGCUCAGUGCCAAAGCUGCUCCCUGCCCUCAUGUAGAGACCAGGGCCGAAUCCCUCCCAUGCUGGGAUUAAGUGCCUUGGAGGAGUGGCAGCCUCCAUCCCCUCACCAGCUCCUGGGCUCUACCAUGUCCCUGGUCUGCCCUCAGCAUCCCAUUUCACGUGGUCAGAGAAUGCAGCUCUGUGUGCAGUGCAGGAUCCAUACCUGAUCUGAGAGCCAAGCUUUACCCCCCCAUGGGAUGCUCAUGCAGUGGGGCUGUGGGCUGAGGCUGCUUUCUGCAUCCCAGGGCUUUGCCUCCAAGGCCCUGCAGGCUUUGCUAGGAGUCACUUCACACUUCUGUGCCUCAAUUCCGCCCCCCCUGUAAAGAACAGCUAUAAGUAUUUCCCAUCCUCGGGAGGUUUAAGCAUUGUAGAAUUUGUAGGAUGCGAUUUCCUCAAGGCGCACCACCAAAAGAGAGCAAAAUCUCUUUUCCAUUAAAGAAAAGAAAGGGAAAAAAAAAAAA